AUGCCAGCACCAGCCUUGGUGAAGCAUGGCAACUGGUGGAGGCAAGAAUGGCCAUGGGACAAGGAGCGAAAAAAGAGAGAAGAGGCUGCGGAAGUCCAAGCGUCGCAGCAGGUAGCAUCCAUAUCGGACAAAUGGCGGCUGGUGGACCUGUUUCUGGAAUACAAGGGGCUUGUGACACAGCAUAUCGACUCCUACAACCAUUUCGUGAAUGUCACAAUGAAGAAGAUUGUGAAAGCGGCGAGCAACAACACGGUCAGAAGUGAAUCUGACGUCAAUUGGUUUCUCCAGUACGAAAGCAUCCGCGUGGGAAGGCCUUCCAAGACCGAGGAUAUGAUUGUGCAGGAGACGAACCCUCACAUGUGCCGCCUCCGGGACCUUACGUAUGCCGCUCCGAUCUAUGUGGAUGUGGUUUACUGGAAGGGCGACCGCAAGGUCCGCAAGCGGGACUUGGAAAUUGGGAUGCUGCCUGUCAUGCUGCGGAGCAACCUCUGCCCUUUGAGCCUUGCCAAGACCGAUGAGGACGUCAUUGCGUUGGGAGAGUGCCCUUUGGAUCCCGGAGGAUACUUCAUCGUCAAAGGUGUUGAGAGAGUUCUCAUGAUGCAGGAGCAGUCCUUGAUGAAUCGCAUCGUUGUCGAGUACGACUCCAAGAAGCUGCUGCAAGCUUUUGUCACCUCCUCAAGUGAAGACACAAAGAGCCGAACUGUUGUUGUGGCAAAUCCUUUGGCGCGGAAGAAGGGUCUGUACAUGAAGAACUCGGCCUUUGCUGACUUGAUCCCGAUUUCAAUUGUGAUGAAGGCUAUGGGGGCUCAGAGCGAUAUGGAGAUCAUCCAGAUGGUGGGGAUUCAGCGCAAGUACCUGGACACGUUGAUGAUAUCUCUGCAGGAAUGCCACGAGAAGAAUGUGUUUUCGCAGAAGUCUGCAUUGGACUUCCUGUCGACGAAGAUAAAAAUCAAGCCAGGACAAGAGCGCAGGAAGCAAGACCCCAUGGACAUCAUCAAGCGACAGGUGUUGUCCCACAUUGAAUGCCCGAACAACAAUUUGGCUCCAAAGAUUCGCUACUUUGGGCUGAUGAUCCGCCGUGUGAUCAAUGCCAUGUACGAUGGGAGACUGGUGGAUGAUCGGGACUACUAUGGCAACAAGCGCUUGGAGCUUUCUGGGCAGCUUAUCGAGGUGCUGUUCGAGGACCAGUUCAAGUUCAUGAAUAUGGAACUGCAAAAGCAAGCAGAUUUACUUCUGUCCAAAUGGCAUCAAUCCUCAGCUGCUCGCGUGAAAGAUAUGUCGUCGUACCCAGACAUUCUGGACUCGUGGCAGGACCGCUCGAAGCUCACCCGGGCGAUGGCAAACGCGAUCUCCACGGGCAACUGGAACAUCAAGCGAUUUCGCAUCGACCGUGCCGGCGUGUCGCAGGUGUUGUCCAGGUUCUCAUAUAUGUCUUGCGUUGGGUCGAUGAUGCGAGUGAAAUCCCAGUUUGAGAAGAGUCGCAAAGUGGCGGGUCCUCGAGCUUUGCAGCCUUCGCAGUGGGGAAUGAUCUGCCCAGCAGACACACCAGAAGGUGAGCAAUGUGGUCUCGUGAAGCACCUUGCGCUGCUGACGCAUGUCACAACUGGGGAGAGUCAGCGUGGAUCCCUGCGACAAAUGUGCUAUUGCCUGGGGGUCGAGGAUGCUCUUAUGAUGUCUGGUGAAGAACUGCAUCACAUUGGCAACUACUUGGCUGCGUGUUCGCAUUUGCGAAUGAUGCUGAAAAAGCAUCUGCUACACGGCGUCUUCCUCAAUGGCAGUCUGCUCGGAAUUCAUCGCAGACCCAAGCGCUUCAUGGCCAGCUUGCAGCAGCUGCGCCGACGUGGCCUUAUUGGCGAGUUCGUGUCCAUCUACGAAGAUGAAGGUUGGCAUGCAAUCUUUGUCGCAUCCGAUGGUGGCCGCCUGUGCCGUCCGUUGAUCAUCGUUGCAGACUGCAAGCCGCGCUUCAUUCCAGAAAAGCAUGUGCCACUGAUGCUGAAGUCAAAAGCAGAUGGCGGCAUGAAGUUCGAGGACUUCCUGAAGCAGGGCGUGGUGGAGUGGGUAGAUGUCAACGAGGAGAACAACUUGUUCAUCGCUCUGCACCCUGACGAGAUAACGCCCGAAACGACGCACCUGGAGAUAGAGCCAUUUACUCUACUAGGUGUGGUGUCUGGCCUCAUUCCGUACCCGAACCACAACCAAUCUCCACGCAACACCUACGAAUGUGCAAUGGGAAAGCAAGCCAUGGGUUGCAUCGCGAUGAACCAGUUUACACGCAGUGACACGCUGCUCCUGGGCUUGGUCUAUCCGGAAAAGCCGCUGUGCACCAGCAAGACAUUGAACUUGGUGAACUUUCAUCACCUUGGUGCUGGGCAGAACGCAUCAGUUGCAGUCAUGAGUUACAGCGGUUAUGAUAUCGAGGAUGCUAUCAUCAUGAACCGUGCUGCUUUGGACCGCGGCUUCGGCAGGUGUUUCGUGAUGCGACGUCAAGGAGUCCAAAUGGCAGCACAUGGGAAUGGCACAACGGACUUGCUGGCUCCACCGAUGGAGAAGCAUGGCAAGGUUGGUCAAAAGAAAGGCUCGGAUGGCUGGAAGGGCAGAAACGCAAAGCUCGCUGUUCUGGAUGAAGAUGGAAUGGUGCGCCCCUCUGAGAAGGUGGAGGACGGCUUCCUACUGGCAAACAAGAUCAGUCCGGUGGAGACCAAAGCCCUGCACGACCUAUCAACGGUCGACAUCAAGUACAAAGCCACACCGGUGAACUACAAGAAUCCGGUCUCCUCAUACAUCGAUCGAGUGCUGCUGACGACGGAUGCUGAGGGCAUGAAGGUCUACAAAAUCAUCACUCGUCAAACCCGCCGGCCUGAGGUAGGCGACAAAUUUGCCUCGCGGCACGGACAGAAGGGCGUCAUUGGUCUCAUCGUGCCUGAGCAAGAUUUGCCGUUUUCGGAAACUGGGUGGCGCCCCGAUCUCAUCAUGAAUCCGCAUGGCUUCCCUUCUCGGAUGACGGUUGGGAAGAUGUUGGAAUGUAUCGGGUCGAAGGCAGCUGUUCUGGAAGGCAUGUUCGCCAACGGUUCCGCAUUUGGGGGAACUCCUGCUCAGGAGAUCUACAG